UAGACCUGUUCAGUGGUAGAUUAGACCAACGGGUUACAGUCCUUGCACGUACGGCGUACCUUGAACAUGGCAAGAUAGAGUCUGAUCGUUCACUCAAAUCGUGAGCACAGGAGGCGAUGAAAGGGAGCGUCUGCCACGAGCUGGAGACUGGGCUCCCCGCUGCCGAGGUGUGGGAGGUCUAUGGCGGCUUCCUUGUUGCGCAGCUGCUCCCUCAGCUGGUUCCUGAAGUAUUUUCCAAGGUUGAGCUCGUUGAGGGAGACGGUGGCGUUGGGUCUGUCCUGCAUGUCGUCUUCGCUCCUGGGGCACAUAGGGGAGAAUUCAUGAAAGAAAAGUUCAUCAAGAUUGACAAUGAGAACUACAUCAAGGAGGCAGAAGUAAUAGAAGGUGGUUUUCUAGAUCAAGGCUUUAAGAAAUAUGUCGUGCGAAUAGAGAUCAUCGGAAAAACAGAAAACUCUUCUGUACUACGAUCGACCAUUAAAUUCGAAGCUGAGGACGCAAGCAAGGCAUCCUCUGUCAGCACCGGUGGUUUAGCUGCUACUGCUGAGGCCGUCACGAAGUAUAUGAGGGAACAGAGGAGCAGCGCCGAGCCUGAACAGGUUCCAAGGCAGACUUCAGAUGAAGAGACCUUCUAGCCAUUGUUACUGCAGAAGUUAAGAUCAGGCCAACACCUGGGAUCAUCUCAUGGCAAAUGUAUCGAGAAUUCGAGAGUAAUAAAUGGACUCAUAGUUUCGUCGUUGCGCUUGCUUCAUUAAG